CUCCAACUGAGCCCCAUCUUUGCUAGAGACCCCCACUCCCCGCACACACAAAUGGAUAUCGUCUCGGUCGUCCUCGUCACCGCCGUCACCAUCAGCAUCACCAGCGGCAGCAGCAUCAGCAGCGGCAGUGCCAGCAGCAUCACGGUGGCAUAUCAACACCCGGAGUUGCACUCGACCUCCCCAACAUCAUCAGCACCAAUAUCACCAUCGGCAUCACCAUCGUCAUCACCAUCGUUCAACGAGACGAGUACCGCGUCCGGGAGUUCCAACCACACGAGUAGCGGCUUCCCCUACGACUACAACUACGGCUACGACACCGUGGGCACGGAGUGCGACUACAGCGAGUGGAACGUCACGCCGACGCUCAUCCCCAUCGUCUACUCGCUGGUGUUCGUGUGCGGCCUCGUGGGCAACGGCCUCGUGGUGUGGACCAUCGCGCGCCUCAAGACGCGCAAGCGCAACACGGAUCUCUACAUCGCCAGCCUCGCCUCCGCCGACCUUGUCUUCGUGCUCACGCUGCCCCUCUGGGCCGCCUACACGGCCCUGGACUACCACUGGCCCUUCGGGGGCUUCCUCUGCACCCUCAGCAGCUGCGUGUCCAUGCUCAACAUGUACGCGAGCAUCUUCUGCCUCACCUGCCUCAGCCUCGACCGCUACGUGGCCGUCGUCUGCUCGCUGAGGUCCCACUCGUUCCGCACGGCGCGCGUGACCAAGGCUCUGCUCGCCGGCGUCUGGACUUUCUCGUCGCUCAUGGCGCUGUUCACGGCCGCGCUGGCCACCACCAAGACCAUCGCCGAAGAUCCCGCCGACGCCGACGACGUCAGCUACGACGACGACGACGGCUACGGCGCGAGCGGCGGCCGAGUGGUGUGCGUGGUGGAGUACUCCUCGCUGGGCAGCAACGGGGAGAUGUCUCCCGACUGGUGGAACGCCAUGGCGGGCCUCUUCCACACGUCGGCGAGCUUCGUGCUGCCCGAGGUGGUGAUGAUCUACUGCUACGCGUGCAUCAUGGCCAAGAUCCAGAACCACUUCACGCACGUGCGCAGGGAGAGCGACAAGCGUCGCCGGCUGCUGAGGACCAUCUUCAACCUGGUGCUCACCUUCACCGUCUGCUGGCUGCCCUUCCACGCGGUGAAGGUCACGAACGCGCUCGUUCACUUCGGCGUGCUGCCCACGCGCUGCGGCCUGGAGCGUUUCAUUUUCGUGGGGCUGCCCUACACGGUGAGCCUCGCCUACGUGAACAGCUGCCUCAACCCCUUCCUCUACGCCUACUUCGACCCGCACUUCAGGUCCACGUGCCUGGGGGUGCUGCGCUGCGCCACCCUCGAGGCGCUCAUGGCCGCGCAGGUCAGCUCGGCGGGAGGAUCCGGCGCCGCGACGGCGUCUCGCGACGAGCCCUCGUCCCGAUCCGACACCCCCGACGCGUGCGGCGGCGCCGCCGCCAAGGAGUCGAACGCGAGCGACGCCGCCGCCGCUUUGUGCUGCGGCCGCUUCCUGGCGCCGCCGGGCGCGCGCGCGCACACGGAGACCGAAACGUCGGACUUGCGCAAAAGUCCGACUCGAUUCCAGCACGAGUCGCCCGUUCGUGGCGAUAAGUAACGCGAUGCCACGGACGUGAACUUUCGCGCUCUCGGCUCGGAUGUCCCGGCCCCGGUCGUAGUAACGUGGAAUGUCCACCACGGGCUCAGGUGGGGUGGUGAACUGUGACCAGGAGAGAUGCGUCAAGGGAACCCACCGGCUUUGACUUUUAAUGUCGUGCUUUCGUUCCCGCCGUAAAGCGGACUUUAUAUCCGCUUGCAUUAAGACUUAUUGAGUUUGCAUUGCUAUUCGUGUGGAAUCGGGAUCGAUUUUUCAGACUCCAGGCUUUAUUUUGCCCAGCUGCCAAGGCUCCGUGGAGCUAAGCGACUCAAUUCCAAGGAGUGACCACAGCGCAAGACGGUCUGCAGUGGCGAUAGAGAAUCAGAGUAUCUGUCUUCUUGGUUCUUUCGGUAAAGUCACGUAGAAGGGAAGUAAUAAAAUAAUAAAAAUAAAACAUAAUAAAACAAUUCUCACGACGUUUCGGCCACAACGCAAGCAGCCGUCCUCAGGCGAAGAAUGAAGCACCACCAAGCUUGGAGCGUAUAUUUUAUGUUUUAUUUUUAUUAUUUUAUUACUUCCCUUCUACGUGACUUUACCGAAAGAACCAAGAAGAUGAAUCCCUGCAGUCACGAAAGCUUUAAAUCGAAAUCAGAGUAUCUGUGUUUAUCCUGGAGAAAAUCAGAUGUCCUUUGCCGGGAGUGAAUGUGACAGGCCGCGUUCAUUUACACGCCGCCCAAGCCAGAACUUUCUGUAAAUCAGGAUACACAAUGGCAUAGUUCUUAAAAAAUAAACGUAAAAAAACAAAUGCACGAGUUAUAGCGAUCGCAAUCGUGACAGAUUUAAUCCGUGGCUCGAGAAGGUAAAAGUGGAAUAUUAAGAUUGGUCAAAAGGACAUUCCAAAGUCGGGCACUGCGAAA